AUGGGUAAUUCCAAACUAGGCGAAGAUUUCUUCCAAUAUCUUCCAUCCGAAAUCGUAGUAAAUAUCCUCUUAAGACUCCCCACUCGAGACACUAUGGCUUGCAAGUGUGUUUGUAAGCCAUGGCUCGGUCUUCUCGCUACCCCUGAGUUUGUGAAUUCCCAUCUUUCUAGAUCAGUCCCGGGCAUUGCUGUUGAAACACACCCAAAGUCAUACGACGUCGUGGAAAUCGUGGAUGAGCUAUGCGAUGAGGAGUGUGAUCAGAAUAGAGCCUUCAACUUCAAACUGCCCUUUGAGGAGCCAAUCCAUAGUUCAAAUAAUGGUUUGAUCUUUCUAAGAGGCGUCGGUCAUGGUGAUCUUAUCUUGUGCAAUCCAGUCACAUGUGACUAUAUCAAGCUCCCUUCUCCUCGACAAACCACCUCAGAACAUCAGCUUGUAUAUGAGAAUUUUGGAUUUGGAGCGAGCAGAACGACCGGCCAAUAUAAGGUGGUUAGGAUUUUCUUUGAAAAACCACUAAAUGGGGAGUACAAAAAACCACGACAUGAGUACACAAAUGAGUGCCAAGUAUAUACUGUUGGAACCGGAAUGUGGAGAAAAGUUCCCCUUUGUAGCCGGCACCGUUAUGUUGACAAGCUUGGAGGGUUCCUUUUUAAUGGAAAUCUUCAUUGGAGGGUACUUGAGAACAUCGGAGAUGACUUGGUUGAAUGGAUUUCUUGCUUUGAUCUUGAAACAGAACUUUUUAGCACAUUUGCUAUACAUGGUGUAUCUUCCUACUAUAUUAAGACACCAUGUGUUUUGAGGGAUUGCUUCUGUUUGUGCUAUAAAACUGGUAUAAAUCUUCGGGAGCUUGCAAUUUGGUCGAUGAAGGAAUAUGGGAAUGAAAAAUCUUGGACAAUGGAAGUUUUAACCGGCCCCGCUUUCGGAGGAUAUUUUGUAAUUCAUGCUUUCCCGUUCAAAGUUUUCGAGAAUGGUGACAUCUUGAUGGAAUGUGAUAGGGAGAGUCUAUGCUACUACUCCAAGGAGACUAAAACUUACCAUGAAUUCUUUAUUCGAGAGGAUUGUGAUGAGUAUAUAUCUACGACCAUGUAUACCCCAAGCUUUCUCACUCUGAAGAAGUUUGUGAUGGAGAAUGUGAGCUCAUUUUGA